AUGGCGGUGAAUUACCUUUACAUGGUAGCGGAUGUCAUUGCGCACGAUGGGGUGUCACAACCGCGGCGCUUCUGCGAGGAGGCGACCGGGUUUCCUGGUUUUCGGUCGGAGCUGUCAAUUGCGAAAUAUGAUCUGUCUCAUGUCAGUGCACGCGAUGACGAUCCGUUGCAGAUCGGGUUCACAGGGAUCCUCGGGUUCCUUAUUUCUGGAACAGAGGGCUGGGCGAUCCCGGGAGCCAUCCGAUGUGACAUAACUACUAUACAUGACUCGGUCGAAGAGGUCCUGCUUCACUUUCAGCAUUAUGUGCAAUCCGGAGCGUCUGCACCACGCAAGGAUUAA